CAGCUGCCAGGCCCAAGGCGCUUCCUGGAUGCUGGAGCUGCAGAAAGUUACAUAGUAGCAGAAGUUUGCAGUUUGGUUCUAAGGAACGUUCGGCAGCUCAGACUGUAGGAAGUUACCUGUUGCCACUCAGUGAUCACAUCGACUGACUUCAAUUAGAGGGACACAGUGACAGGUGGCAGGCUGGGCUCAAGAGCUUGCAAUCUGACAGCUGGACUCCAUGUGCAGUGUCCUGCACACAUGGGAUGGCUCACAGUUUUAUUUUAUUUAGAAUGCAGAAUGUGAUGUGAUGUAUGUUUCACUGGCACUGCCCUUGGCAGAGUGUGUGGCAUUAAUCAGUAUUAAUGCUGAGACUCUGAGCUGCAGCUUAACCCAUCAUUGGCUGUGCUGGCUUAUCUUAGAAAGGUCUGGAUUUGAUUUUAUAGCUCAUUAGAACCAGACAGUAGCUAGGAUGAGUGUUUGACAAGUGGGGUUAUUAAGAAGCAGGACAGCUCUAUCAUGUCUUCUCCCAGCCAAAUCCAGAUUAAGGAAGCUAAUGCCCAUCUAGCAGCCCUACACCACAGGGUGGCUGAAUUGGAGGGCACAGUCAGGGAGCAGGCCGAAAGUCUAAUCAGGAAGGAUGAACAGUUCCGGAAUGCAUUGAGGGACCUUGCAGAGACCAAGGACAGGUCUGUAUUCUCUCCCUGGGGUGUUAAUCCAGGUAUUGAGAAGGGCCAGUGAGCCACUCUGAUUCUAAUUAACAUUUAUACAGAACUUGUGGGUGUACCUCUCACCAGGCUUGUAAACUAACCAGCUUGGCUUCUGAAAGGUCACUUCUACCAUACUAAAUUCUAUUAAUAUUUGCAAAUCUCCUUAAUGGUCUUUUCACCUGUAAAUGCUAACUGUACUAACAAAGUGUCUAAUAACCAGCUAGCACAUUAACCUGGAAGGUGUAAUGAUGAUUGUAUAAGUGAGGGCCUGGUUCACUCUCUUACAUGGCUAAACUAGUAAUGUCACCUGUUCUUUGAAGUAUAUGACUGCAGUACUCCAUAUGUUGUCAGUAAUCAUGUAUGUAUCUCAUGUUUAAUUUACAUAGCUGUAUUAGUCUAAUACUACUUUCAUUAUGGAAUGACUGGAAAUGUUAAGGCCCAGGUGAUUUGAGCAGGAUAAUUCUCCAUGGACUGCAUAGAAAAUAUGGGAGAGAGGGUCAUUAAGGGGUGAAUAUGCAUUCCUGCUUACUCUCAUUGUAUUUUAAUUAAAAUAUUCUAUAUUAACACAUUCAAAUGCUUCCAGAGAUCCAGAUCCCCAUAUGUAGCAAAACUACCACUCCCAAGCUGCUUUGCCAGUUGUAGUUCUGCAACAGCUGGGGAUUUACAUCCUGGCAAAAUGCAACUCUCCAUUCGUACAUCUUGUGCUUCCAUGCAAAUCGACUAAUUGAUUCGCACACUGGCAUGCUAGGCAAACACACACCUACAUUUACCCACACAGACCCUCCACAUAAGUACGCCUGAUCAUACACACAUUGACCUCACACACCUAAAUGGAUCGUCCACCCAGUUAUACAAUUGCCAAAUCUUCAACAAAUGCACCUUUGCAUUCACACAGACUAACAUUUAUUUGUUCAAUCUAUGCUAUUUAUUGUGAGAAGCCUUGAGAUCAGGCUAGUAAUUUAGCAUUUGAUCCCUGCUCUUAUUUUACGUCCUCCAGUAAAGACUAUUACUUGAAUAUGCUUGUGUGAAGAUUUGUGUCGUUAGCUUCUGUGCUAUAUUCAAAAUAAUGUCUGGUUUUGUUUAGCGUGGUGCGAUAUGAGAGCUAGGAGGGUUUCUCUAAAAUAAUCACUCAUAACAACCUGCGAUCCUUCCAUUUAUUUGAUCGCAAGGAGCUAUUUUACUUGUUGCCCUUCAUUGUGUUUCUUACAGAUUUUGCAGUUUUUCAGUAGAUGAUAUACAGAUUAUAUACACAUACAAAUAAGUAUUUUUUUAAAAUCAGCCUUUUGUGCACAUUUAUUAAAUGAAACCUAAAGCGGAUGUUACUUUUGAUAGUCUUGUCAUAUUUUUGCAAAGACGCCCAUACGUGACAUCUCCAUUUUACCUACCUGAGGUUGUCCUUUGCGGCUGCCACUGUCUUCAUCUGAGGGUGCUUAAUCUGCCAGGAGCCGCAUUAUAAUUCUAAUGAAUAUAGCGCCAGCAAGUUCAGUAGUGCUGUGCCUGACCUACAAUACAAUAAGGAGGUCAAAGGAAGAGCCUGUAAAGACAGGGCUAGCCUGAGGGGUGUGCGAGCUGUGAGUCCGCACAGGGCUCCAUGGGGACAAGGGUGCGUUGCCGUGAACACCGCUUGCAACAAACGGGGCACACUCUACCUCCGUGCGCCCUGGUAGGGGAGAUCUCCCUCACUGGUCUGUUUGCCUGAUUAGGGGGAGGGGGCACAGAGGGCUUCAGUUCUGCACCUUCGCAGGGUGCAGAUAUUGAGCACUUCUCUUAUGAGCUCAGCAUUCAGAGUGUUGCUGCAGUUUACCACUGAUACCAUUAGUGUGGAGCUCGUGAGAGGAGGGCACCUACUUUGCAUCAGGUGAAUAUGCAGAACCGAAACGCUGGCAGAGACCACUGGACCACCAGGAAUCAACAUUUCUCCCAUUCCCUGGCCAACGAUGUGCAAGAGGGCGGGGGAUUCAACUUGAAUUUAUUUUAAAAAGUGAAAUUAUUAAAAAAAAAUGUAAUUGCUCUCCCAUCCCCUCCUUUAAAGCCCUAUAUCACCCCUCCUACAGAUAAAACAUCCCUAUUCCCAGGACCACCAUCAGGGGGUGACAACCAUGACGAUUGUCACAAGCACAGCGGCCCUGGGAGGCCUGGCCGCCUGGGCCCCAUGUGUAGCAGCGGAACUGCACCAAGACCCGCACGCUGAUGUGGCCCAAGCAUUUAAGGCCACCUGAUGGGCCCUAUAUCUUCAGGGGCCUGGUCAGCACUGUGGCUGUAUAAUGGCGCGACCGGGCCCCUUAAAAAAAAAAAAAAAAAAAAAAAAAUUGCGGCUGCAAGUAUUGCUGGGAGGAAGUGAUGGCCCGAUCACUUACUCCACGCGGGAGGGGAGAGCCAGCCGACCCCCAUCAGCCCCAGGAAAAGGUAAGAAACAGGAGGAUGGCUGAAAAAUGAGCUUGUAUGUAUGUUCAUGCGUGUGCAUGCUCGUGAGUUUGUGCCUGUGUGUGUGUAUAUCUGUGUCCUUUUUGUAUCAGUGCCUGUGUGUGUGUGUGUAUUCCUGUGGGCGAGCUUUGGCGGCGGGGGCCUUGAGCUGUGUUAGAGGCCCCAAAAUUUCUGAUGGCAUUCCUAUACCACACCAUGUUCCUUACGCGCUCUGCAUAACCUACACACUACAUUCCUACACCAUACUUCAUCCCUAUCCCACCUCACACCGUUCUCUACACACUACAUCCCUACCCUGUCCCAAACUAUGUUCUUUACACACACACACACACACACUGCAUAACCUGCACACUUUUAUAUACUACAGACAGGUGAACAUUACCAUAACCCCCACAUUAAAUACAUAAUUUUAGCAAGAGAUAUAUUAUGUAUUCAUUGUGAAAUAUUUAGAUGCAAUCGCACCUCAAUUUCAUUGGUCAAUUGUUUUAGCACAACAGAAUACCAUGUAAAGAGUUGAUUGACAAGUAGGAGAAUUUUUUUAUUUUUUUUUAUUUUUUUUUAUUUUAUUUUUUUUUUUAAGGGACUGCCUAAUGCCACCAAUAGAGGGGCUUCCUUGUUGCAGUUCUGCAAAGAUUGCAGGAACAAUGUUAGCUGUGUAAACAUUCUGCACUGACAUGUUGAAUGUUCCCAUUAGAGAUGCAUUGAAUCAAUUGAUCUCUAUGAGGAGAUGUAGAUUGGUGAUUCUAGGCAAUUGCCCAGCAUACAUGCUAGCUUUCCUACGGGGAUUGGCUGUGAACAUCAGUACUAAUGAACUCCACCAAUGGAGGCAGGUCGGAUGCAGGGAGACUGGAGCUUUUUCAUCUUAAUUAAAAAGGGCUCAAUAAUCUAAAUAGAAAUAAGAUUUUGUACUCCUAAUGCUAGUGUUCCUUUUAAUGUGCGUGCAGCAGGUACUAUUUGCUUUGGGUCCCAACAUCACUGUGACUCUUGUUUUUAUAUGAAGACCUCUAAAAGCUGACACCACCACCACCGCACUGACCUGCUGAUCCUUACAAAUACCUAUAGGGAAGACUUUUGAAUAUUUAUAUAUUCUGUCACACCUACUGUAUCUGAGAAAAUGUCUAUUUUGCUUUUAUACAAACAUUUGUCCCUGAGUGAAAUAUUGCAAGAUAAAGGAUUCUUUAUACUGUCUAAAAAUGUUCAUUUCCCAAAUAUGUUUUAUAAAGUAUGAACGAAUAAGUAAAAAAAAUAACAUUUGUGUAAAUGUACAUAUUUUAUUUUUUACGUUUGACUGCAAAGCAAGCUAUACAGACAAUUGCAGUGUUUGUGUUUAUCUGCUAGCUAUACAUGCCUUGCUUCCAAUAAAUGUUAUGCUAAUAUUUUUACAAUCAAAAAGUGCUUGGUAAUUCUUCACAAUCUGAACCUAGAUUAAAGGGACACUAUAGUCACCAGAACAACUACAGCUUAUUGAAUUUGUUCUGGUGAGUAGAAUCAUUACCUUCAGGCUUUUUGCUGUAAACACUGUCUCUUCAGAGAAAAUGCAGUGUUUACAUUACAGCCUACUGAUAACUUCAAUGGCCACUCUUCAGAUGGCUGCUAGAGAUCCUUCCUGGGGCAGUGCUGCAAAGUGUAAAUUACAUUCAGUAUCUCCACCCUCUGCAUGCAGACACUGAACUUUCCUCAUAGAGCUGCAUUGAUUCAAUGCAUCUCUAUGAGGAGAUGCUGAUUGGCCAGGGCUGUGUUUGGCUUGAGCUGGCUCUGCCCCUGAUCUGCCUCCUUGACUGUCUCAGCCAAUCCUAUGGGAAAGCAGUGUGAUUGGAUCAGGCUACCACUUCUGAUAUCAGGUGAGCAGGCAGAUCAGGGAAAUACAUGUUUGUGUUCCUGACCCUAUAGUGUUCCUUUAAGGGUUAUUCACUUAUUUUUAAGACUUUGACAUUUUUACGGUCUACUUCACAGGAAGAUCUCUGAACUCCAGCAGAGACUGGCAAAGUCUGAAGAGGCAAUGCGGAGACUGAUGGCUUUCAUUAAGGAAAAAGACAGAGAGCAGGAGCAGCUAAGACACCACAGUCACCUUUUGGCCAGGAUGUGUCGCAGUAGACCUCUUUUAGACACCCUGGUUUCUCUGAUGGUAGAAGCUGAAGGCAUUCCCUGCCUCCCUGCUGUAGAAGAGCAAAACGGACUCUCAAACGUUUUAGAUUACCCACAAAGUGAGGAUGACCUUACCGACUCUGAUGCAGACAAAACACUAUUUGGGACAACUGUCUAAUUUACUAUUUUAAAAACUCUGCUUUUAUAUUUCUACUUUAAAAAUGUCAGGUUCAAUUUUCUUCAAAUUGUAGCACACUCUUAAUAUUUUUAAGAAAUGUCUCUACAUAUUUAAUACGAUGAAAUACAAAGAAUGUAUUGGGAUUAAUUUGGGGUUCUGUUUUUAUCAAAGUUUAAGUCAAAGCUUUCUUAUUCCUUUAACCAUCUCUUUUUAUUACCUUACCAUUUGCCCUGUAGCAUUAAUUAGUUCGGUUUAAACUUUUAAUUUGGAAGUUCGAUCAAAUCACAAUAGAGCAUUUUGCUAGUACGUAGUAAUUUGGUUUUAUGUGGACCACACAACGAGUUUUAGAAUUUUCUAUACAUUGCGAUAUAUAUAUAUAUAUAUAUAUAUAUAUAUAUAUAUAUAUAUUGUGUGUGAUUUAAUUUUGAGGCUCUGUGGAAUAUGCUGAAAUUCUAUAACUAAUACUUUUAUGAAUGUAUUAGUCAUUAAAGGAAGAAUAGCAGGUUCUAAUGAAUGGGGUUGAAUUUUUACUUUUUUUUUUUUUGUUUUUUUUUAUAGUUACAUAAAUUACCCAUUGUAGCAGGAAAUCCUUUAACGCUAUAAAAUAUAAAAUUACUUUCUUACUAUAGGCAUCAAAUCAUAGCUUAAUGAAGAAGUUUUAGUGUAUAGAUCAUGCCUUUACAGUCUUACUGCUAAAUUCUUUGCCAUUUAGGAGUUAAAUCACUUUGUUUCUGUUUAUGCAGCCCUAGCCACACCUCCCGUGGCGCUGACUCUCACAGCCUGCAUGAAAAAAAAAAUGCUUUCACUUUCAAUCCAAUAUUAAAGGGACACUACAGUCACCAGAACUGCAGCUUAAUGUAGUUGUUCAGGUGAGUAUAAUAGCUCCCUUCAGGCAUUUUCAUGUAAACUGCGUUUUCAGAGAAAAGGCAGCGUUUACAUUUCACCUAGGGCCAACUCCAAGUGGCCACUCCUUAGAUGGCCACUGGAGGGGCUUCCUGGCUCAGUGCUGUUCAGCGUCCCCAAGCUCUGCAUGGAGACGUUGAAUUUUCCUUUAUAGAGAUGCAUUGAAUGCAUUUCUAUGAGGAGGUCCUGAUUUGGCCAAAAUGGCAUUUGGCCGUGCCAAUUUUAGCCAAUCCAAUGCUUUUCCAUAGGAAAAGCAUUGGAUUGGCUUAAAAAACCCCCAAAAAACAGCCAUUUUGAUGUCACAAAGGGGGCGGAGCCAGCACCGGCAGACCCACGCGGCGCUGGAAAUAAGGUGAGUUUUAAACUUUUAUAGGGGAGGGGGGGGGGGGCAAGCCACCUAAAUGGUGGGUUAAACACUAUAGGGUCAGGAAUACGUUUGUGUUCCUGAUCCUUUAAAUUACUUUAGAAGUUCUUAACUCCUUCUCUGUAAAUUUAACUUGAAUCACACACAGGUGCAAGGGAGGGAGUGUACAUCAGAAGUAAAAAAACUCACACCAACUUUACGUACUGGUGUCGACAUCUUCCCAUGAAGCAUUGUGCGUUCACAUGUGUUGAGGCAUCAUCCUUCCCAUAAUCCUGCAAGUGUGGCAUUCCACCUAUGAUUCCUGGAGAUGGCGCAUAUAUUCGUGUGUACUGUAUCCUCAGAUUUGCAUUAUGCUGAGCUGUGCCUUCACUGUUUAAAGUAUGAUACGAAUCCAAAUGUAAAAACAGAGGCACUUUACAAAAAGAAAAACAAUGUGCAAAUAUAUAUCAGCUGUGAAAGUUCCUUUUUUUUAAAAAAAAAGUUUUUUUCAGUUGAAACAUUGUUUAUUAGGUACAAAACUUCUGAAAUGUAUCUAGAUUAGGUCUGUAUAUACCCUGCGCUAGUUAUAGUAAUUGCCAAGGUGCUUCAAUGACCCACCCUCCCCUGCAAUAGCAUGUCAUCUGAGUUUUUCUAUUUAAAAAAAUAAAUAAAAUUGUAUGCAUCAGUAAAUGUGAGAAGCAUAUUUUCUGUAUUUCACUGGUGUUCGUGAUACAGCUAUUUAAGAAUGACUCAAAGCACCAUAACCACUACAAUUUGCUGUAAUGUUUAAUGCCAGGGUUACCCUGGCCCUAAUCCCUGGUAAUGAAGCAAACUAUUUUGCAACAGUUUGCCCUCUUAAUUGGGUACUGCAUGCUAGUUGAAUAUCUGAUUUCUGCAGAAGCCAGAUGCUAAUCCUGUCAGCCAUUCUUUGGCUGAGAGUAUCGGCCAAUGGCUCUCAGUCAGUGACAUUCGGUAGAUCGAAAUAUGCACAGAAUUCUUAUUAAACAGCCCAAAUGACUCUGCUGCUAGAGGUAUAGUUCCACCUCCAGCAAAGGGGUUCAACUUUGUAUGGACAGCAUUUCAUAGCGAAAGACUAAACAUACAGAUCCAAGCACCAUGACCACUUCAAAUUACUGACAUUUUCAUUGUGCUUGGAGUAAACCUUUACCGUUUAUCUGUAAUGGUUUUAAAAAAUGUACAUUUGAAGCAAAUUAUCUACUUUUUUUUUUUUUAACUAUAUGGGUCAUGAAAUAAAAAUCUCCCAAUUUUAAUGUGCAAUGUUAGUCAUUAUAUCGAAUUGCUAUUUUUGUACAGACUGUUUAUAUUGAGAAAGUGUGGGAUUUGUUUUUACAAAUUUUUUUUUAUUUUUUUUGCCUGAACAGUACUGUACAUGCACUCAUUUUGAAAUGGUACUAUAUCUUCUAAAUGUGAAUAUUUCCCUCCUAAUUGAUAGUUUUAUUGCCAUAAAAAAGUCACUUUUUAAAGAAGGUAAAAAGUAAUCUAAAACAUUUGAAUUAUUAGCAAACACAUUGAUUUUAAUUUUAUAAGUAAGGUCACACUUGUAUCUGUGGUUUUGGCAAGACUGUACCUGUGAAGGUGACUGUGGGUCCAUUUGUUCACUCCCACAAUGCACAUGGAGAGGUGCAUUGUUCUCUUGGCCAAAACCAAAUUUUGGGUGCAUGCGCAGGACACUGAAGAAGGCAUGAUAUUUUGCUACGUUGUUUGGGAGUUAAUUUAUGCAAUUGUUUGACCAUCUUAAAGAUAUGUUUAUGCUAUCUUCACAUUUAUGGAGAACAGUACCACCUGUUGUAACCUGUUGAUAACUGAUUGGGUUUAUUAAUUUUUUUAUAUGUAAUUAAAUGAUACAGCAAUUUUAAUGUUUUUAAUAAAACAUUUUACUUA